UGUAUUGCUAACUGUACUUGGUAUAUUUUGUUUGUAUAGUAUGAUGAGAUGAGGACGCUGAGGGACAGUCAAGUCUGCGUCUGCGACCAGCGGUGGCGUGAGUUGAGCUACCCUCCCGCCGCGGCUCAGGAUCAGCACAGCUUGGUAUCCCAUGCACAAAAUCUGUGGAACGAUUGGGAGAUCCAAUGCUUGGUGUUGGUGAGCUUCUCCCUACAGGUCUUCCUCCUCUUCUCCGCCGUCUUCCGGAAACUGUACCGCUCCGUCGUGCUCAGCGUGCUGCUCUGGCUCGCUUACUUAUCAGCGGACACUGUGGCAGUCUACCUCCUCGGCCGCCUCACGCUACUUGUGGGUGAUGACCCGCGCCACCAGAUAGUGCUCUUCUGGGCUCCAUUCCUGCUGCUCCACCUCGGCGGGCAGGAGACCAUCACAGCCUUCUCCAUGGAGGAUUGUGCGCUGUGGAAGCGUCACCUUCUGAACCUGGCCACCCAGGUGUCGCUGGCCAUCUAUGUCGUGUGCAGGCAGUGGCGAGGAGGCGACAAGCAGCUGGUGGCUCCCACGACGCUCAUGUUCAUCGCUGGGAUGACCAGCUAUGCCGCGAGGAUAGCGGCACUCAAGAGAGCCCAGCCAACAUCAUCGAUGUCGUCGUCGGAAAACAGCAACUUUAUCAAGUAUGAAAUGAUUAAUUACAAUCACGAGCUAGCAUGCAUCAUUUCACAUAAGCAAGAGAGAGAUUUCGAGAGAGUCAUGGAGCUGGCCACCAAUGGCUUCAGCCUAAGCUUGGAUUUCUUGAUGGACGUAGCGAAGAAAGAUUAUCUCACAGCUCCCACUUCUUUAACAGAAUCAUUUUGGGGAUCUGUAGAAAUAUUUUUGAGAUGUCGAUCUUCAGACACGGACGACAUGUUAUUCAAGUUGGCUGAGAUCCAUCUCUCAUUGAUCUACGACCACUUGUACACCAAGUUUGGAGGAAACCUCAUGGCAGCGUGCUGCCGCCUGACCACAUUUGCCCUAACAAGUAUUGCCCUCGUUCUGUUUGUUGUAUCCACCAGGCUUGAUCACAAGGGGAACACCUACUAUAAGACAGCUGACAUAACCAUAUCUUACAUAUUACUUGUGGGGGCCAUUGCAUUGGAGAUAUCAUCUGUCUUGCUGUGGCUCUUGUCAUCGUAUUCACCAUGGAAAUUUCUCGGAACCUCGUCUGUUGCAGACAGCGUAUUGUACAGCAUCAUCAAAUGUCUCAGUCGUGUAGAAAGCAGAGUGGAGUGGUCAGGGAAGAUGCAACAGUUGAACAUGGUUGACUGGUGCAUCCAGGAGAGACAAACUACUGCAGGAUGGCUGGAAUGGAUGAAGCGUCGUGUCGGCAUUGAAGGACGAGCCUGCACCAAGCCUGUCGAAGUAUCUGCAGACCUAAAGAAUCUAGUCCUUCAUAAAAUGCUCCAGACAUUAGAUGCCAUUUCAUCUAGACGAUCGGAGUUGGACUUGACCAAAUUCCAUGGCCAGUGGGCUCAACUGUGGGUCUAUCCUCACUUAUUCAGCCAGAGCAGGCUGCCCAAAGUAGUGCAGCUCGUCAAUAACCUCAUCGAGGUCCUCGGGAGAACAAAGAAGAAAAAAGAAAGCAGUGAAGCACCACAACGAGCACCUGAGGUUAGUAUGUUCCAAGAUUUGGGGUUUGUGGAAAGUGUUUUUCUUUGGCACAUAGUUACAGAGCUAUGCCUACGAGAUGAUCAGGCUGACACUGACACCACCCCUGCUACUGCUACUCUAGAUGAUCAGGCUGACACUGACACCACCACUACUACUGCUAGUAGUAGUAGUAGUAGUAGUAAGGAUUAUAAGUUGAAAAGCUCGAUCCGGGAGUUAUCAAAUUACGUCAUGUAUCUUCUUGUCAAGUGCAAAGCAAUGGUCACUGUGUACGAUAUUGACAGUCUCAAUGGCAUUCGACGGACAUUGCUGAACAAUUUGGAUAUCAUAAUUUACCAAAAAGUUGAUGGGAGGCCUAUCCAGAAUAUCCACGAUGUUGUGUUUUCAGAAGCUAACAAAAUCUCACGGGAGUUCCUUCGAAUAGGGGAGGAGGUGGGUCGCUGGGACAUGAUCGCGAUGGUAUGGGUGGAGAUGCUCUGCUACAUUGCCUUUAAUUGUGAUGCCGCUUUCCACACUAAACAGCUAUGUGCUGGUGGGGAGUUUGUCACCCAUGUCAAGAUGCUCCUCGUGAUUCUAAAUUUUUCAAUUUAAACACGAAUUAUGAUCAAUUCUGUAUGUAAUUGAUAUUUCCUCCACUCAUGAUACAAUAAUA